AUGGACCCCAACACUCUGUCAAUGGAACAAGGGAAGGAGUUAUUAAAAUUGUGUGGCAUCCCACAAAGAGAUAUUGAUUUGAUGACAGAGAAGUGGGUCGUUGUUGCCUCUGUUGAGGUUCUGCUGAGAUUUCCUCUGAUGCCAGGGGAGGACCCGGGAGCCCGCUGUGUCUCAAAUAAAAAACAUCAGAUUGUAGUGAACCAGCUCCACACAUUCUCACAAAGACCUGGAGAUCAAGAGGAGAGGUUGGAUAUGUCUGGAGAAGUGAAAAUCAACAAUCAUUUAAUGAGUAAGGCUGACCAGAAACCCAAGGAUGUGAAGCAGACAUCAGGUCACUUGAUGCCUCAAAAACCCACUGAAGAAAAGAACCCAAAGAAGAAACAGAGCAGAACUGUGAGGCCAAGGGCAUCCCCACAAGAGGAGGAGUAUACCAUGGUAAAAUGCAAGAAUUGUGGAGCCUUUGGGCACAACACAAGGAGCAAGAGGUGCCCCAUGAAAUGCUGGGACCAAACCCUUUCCUUCCAGCCAUUAAGCUCAAAUAAGUUCAAGGAGAACCUAAAGCCAAGGAAGUCCUACCAGUUCCAGAACUCAGGCCCCUGUAACAAGGCUGACAGAGUAAAAGAUCAAAGACCAAGGCAAGAAGAACACCAGCAAAAAGCUCUACCACAGAAAUUUCCCAAGAAGUCCCCCAAGAAUGUGCAGAGGACCUGGGCAGACUUGACAAAACAUUGUGCCUUUCUGAGGCAACCUAUCAGGCCAUUGCCUGUUCAAACAACCAAGAAGGGACCUGCCCUGGGUCCUGCUCUUACAGGUCCAGUGCCUGCCAAGAAACCUGAUACAAAAUCAUUCUGUCCUACAUGGUCUUCUAAUAAAAGGCCUGAACCGAGCACUUGUGGACCAGCCAGAGGACAUGACGUGGAUGUCCUUGAUUCACCCUACUCCGUGUUAAAGAACAUCUGCAGGGACCCUUCUCUCAGCUCUAAGAGGACUGUCAACAAGUCUGGGGGUUUCUCUCAUGAGGUUCCCCACCCUGUCAUGAAGACACCUGCUGCAGAUCAUGUCUUUAACACCUGGGCACACAUCAAACAUCCUUAUGUGGAUUCAAAGCCCAGUCCACAGCCAGUCAGUCAAAAGUGUGGCUCAGAGUUCAAAGGCAGAAUCCAGGCACCAGGCAAGAGAUCCAUUCAGGUCCCCAAUCAGCCUUGCCAGAACCAACCAAAGAAAGCACGACUUAGUUCCUUUUCUACCCUCCAGGUGAAAACUCAGUUACCUGACCUGGGCACUGUCUACAUUUCUCAGCCUCUCCCAAGUACAAGUGGACUUAGUCCCAAACAGGCACCCAAGGUGACCACAAAGACACCAACUUUGAAUCCUAGCAUCCACAACAAGCCUCUGCCUUGCUCUCCUUACUUGCUCCAAGCCCAGGCUGUUGUCCAGCCUCUGCUGUCCAGCCAUGUUCCAGGAAAGCCAGACAAAAUUGGCUCCAUGGGAUCAGACAAGGGAUGGCAAAACUCCAAGAUCAGAAUGACUCCCACAUCCAAUCCUCCUGAAAAGUGCACAAGUGCUGGUCAGAGCCCUCACAUCUUAAAGGAGUCUGAAGGACUGGCUCCCCAUGUCCCAAGGAGUGUCCUCUAUGAGGACCUUAUGGUGUCAUCUUCUUCUGAGGACAGUGAUUGGGAAUGA